AUGGAGAUCCUCUCCAAGAUUCCUGCUAAAUCCCUAGUACGAUUCAGGUGCGUUUCUAAAUUCUUUCGCGCUCUCAUAGCUGACCAUGGCUUUGGCGUUUUGCAUCGUAGCUUGUCCUUGACCCUUCCCAGUAGAGCGAGCUUUCUCAUCUCUAUCGAGGUUCGAACACGGGACGGCGAUGACCCUCCCCGACGUGGAUAUUACACCCUAAAUUUCAGCGAACAAGAAAACCUCCGGCGUCGGAGAAUGUUACGAGCCAACCGUGUCGGCUUCCUGGACUCUGAACCCUUUCUACUCUCCUCUCCCUCGGACGGCCUGAUUUGUGCGUCCAAACCCAAUGGAGACGUCGCUGUUCGCAACGUUGGUAUGAGACAGCGUAUUUUCCUUCCAAGAUUAAACCAAUACCAAGGAGAAGACUGUGCACUCCUGUUGGGGUUCGAUUCACAAUCUAAGAGAUACAAGGUUUUGAUGUCAGUCCAGAUAGUUGAUGAAGAGAGCAGACUCAUCUCCUAUGAGUAUAAGCAUUGGGUUUUUACCGUGGGAGUGGAUAGAUCAUGGAGGGAGAUCAACAACUAUUGUUACUGCCCCUUCUUCCCCAUUGGUGACUAUCCCCACUGUGACUAUAACAAUACUAAUGUUUACGUUGACGGAGUUAUCUAUUCCUAUAAUUGGCGGACUAACCAUAGCCUGGUUCCUAGUAUAGUAGCAUUUGAAGUUGGGUGUGAGAGUUUUUCUGUGAUAAUUCUUCCAGAUGAAAUUACAUCACGGUCGUCAUAUUUACUAUUCAAAAAGUCUGCAUUGCUAGAAGUUGGAGGUCGAUUGGCUAUAGUUUUUGUUCAUGUUCCUGAUCUACUUGAUAUAUUAAGAGGAGGAGAAUGUCUAUGCUACAUGGAUGUUUGGACUUGGGAGAAAUCUAAGAAAUGCUGGGAGAAGAUUACAAUCACCAUUCCAUUAGCGGGGAGUAGACUAAUUCACAAUGCUAAAUGGAUGCGCUUUGCUACAAAUCAUGACGGGGAGAUUAUGUUGUUAUUAUAUACAUAUAGUGAGAAGUUUUCUAUUCUGAUUUAUAACUUGAAAGGUGAUGCUUGGAGCAAAUUUGAUAUAAGUGGAGUUGAAAAAUUUCAAAUUUUUAGCUCUUGGAAAGUUACCCUGCAUAACAUUGUGGAUCAUGUAUUUCCCUUGGAGUAA